AUGGCCUUGUUAUGUAAUUCAGUUUAUUUAGUAUCCAAUUCACAUAAGCAGCCAUUGACGAGAGCAAGGUUGAUUGUAAAAGCAUCAGCAGCUACCUCUGAUGAGACAAUUUCCUUUCCUAAACGUGGGUAUGCAACAUCAGCCACGUUAGAGAAAGUAAUCGACAGACCUACACAAGUGGAGACUACUGAUAAUAGGGUUGUUGAUGUACAAGCCUUUUGGGAUUAUCAGUAUUUGUUUAUGUCCCAACGGUCUGAAGCUGUGGAUCCAAUUGUAUUAAAGGUGGUGGAAGGUAGUGUGCCUGCUGACUUGGAAGGAACUUAUUAUCUAGGAGGACCAGGGCUAUUUGCAGAUGAUCAUGGAUCCUGUGUUCAUCCUUUAGACGGUCAUGGGUACAUCAAAAGAUUCAGAAUACAAUCUGGAUCAGUUUCAUAUUCAGCCAGGUAUAUUGACACAGAAGCUCGGAAAGAGGAGUAUGAUGAGAAGGAAGACAAUUGGCGUUUCACAUAUCGUGGGCCAUUCUCAGUAUUGAAAGGAGGUGAAAGAUUUGGGAACGUGAGAGUGAUGAAAAACACAGCAAACACAAGUGUUUUAAGUUGGGGAGGUCGUCUCUUGUGCCUCUGGGAGGGUGGGCAACCCUACCAAGUCGACUCUCAAUCUCUACGAACACUCGGCCUUUUCAGAUUUCUGGGCAUGGGCAAGGAAAAUAGCAAUGCAAAAGAAAAAGAUAUCAUUCCAAAGUCAUUUUUGGGAAGAGCAAACAUAAAUAAUCUAUUUAUGAAAGGCAUAUUAAAGUUGAGCUCAAUUGUGUUACAUCCCAUACUUUCAGGCAUCUUCAAAAUGCCCGCAGAAAGAAUGCUAUCACAUUACAAGAUCGAUGCAAAGAGGCAACGUCUUAUUGUCAUGACAUGCCAUGCACAGGACAUGUUGCUGCCUGAGAGCAACUUUACUGUCUAUGAAUUUGACUCGUCAAUGAAUCUAGUUCAACAAAAGAAAUUCUUGAUCAAUGACCAUAUGAUGAUUCAUGAUUGGGCCCUUUCAGAAAAUUAUUACAUCAUUUUUGGAAAUAGAAUCAAACUAGAUAUCGGUGGAUCAGCAGCAGCAGUAUCUGGAUUAAGGCCCAUGAUUUCAGCUCUAACUCUCAAUCCAAGCUGUCCACAUACUCCUGUCUACUUGUUGCCUAGAUUUACAAACAAAGCCACAGAAGAAAGGGACUGGAGAAUCCCUGUUCAAAUACCAAAACAGUUCUGGUUAAUGCACACUGCAAAUGCAUAUGAAGAAAUAACAGAUCCAGAGAAUGGCACUGUUCAAAUUGUUGUACAAGCUUGCAUCAGCACCUAUAAAUGGUUUUCUUUCGAAAAAAUGUUUGGAUAUGAUUGGACUCAAAGAAGACUUGACCCCAAAUACAUGAAUAACCAGCCUUUGAUGAAUUCAAAUGAGGAAGUGGAGACGUCCCACCUAGUUCAAGUUACAAUACAACUAAAUAACAAAUACACACAUAGCAAUGGUUGCUCUACAAUAGUUGAAUCCUUCAAAGGUUGGGAAAAGCCUUGUGAUUUUCCAACAAUAAAUCCUGCAGUGUCUGGCUAUAAAAAUAGGUUUUCAUAUGUGGCAGCUUGCUCUGGCAAACGAAGAUCUUUACAACACUUCCCUUUUGACACUGUGAUAAAACUAGAGGGCCCAAAAGACUCUGCUUUAACAUGGUCUGCAGGAAACAGAUCUUUUGUUGGAGAGCCCAUUUUUGUGUCAAAAAGAGGUUCUUCUAGUUCUAAUCUCCAUGAUUUUGUAGAAGACAAUGGAUACAUACUUGUUGUGGAGUAUGCUGUAUCCGAGCAAAGAUGUUACUUGGUGAUUUUAGAUGCACAAAGAAUAGGAGGAAAAAAUGCUUUGGUGGCCAAAUUGGAAGUUCCCAAAGAGUACAAUUUCCCUUUGGGAUUUCAUGGAUUUUGGGUUGAUGAACAAGAUAAUCAUGUGUAA